AUGCAGUGCUGGUGCAUCACGGCAGUAGACCAGCUCGCAUCCCUGCGCGUAGGUGGCGCUUGGGACAACGCCAAGAAGUACAUCGAGCAGGGAGUGCACGGCGGCAAGGGCAGCGCAGCCCACAAAGCUGCCGUUACAGGCGACACGGUGGGUGAUCCCAGCAAGGAUACCGCAGGGCCAUCACUGCACGUCCUCAUCAAGCUGCUGUCCACGAUCACGCUGGUCUGCUCGCCGCUCUUCGUGGCCUGA